GGUAAAGGUAGUACGAUAAUUUUUUGAAACCCCUUCUUUUUUUGUAGUUCACAUUUAGUUUUAUAUUCUAGUGCGUACUUUUAUCACAAUCCAGUUUGUUGUGAACAAACAUAUUUAUCAAUCAAAACUAAGACUGUUGAUAUACAGUAACGAUCGUUAUGGCAUGUUCUCGGAUCGCCGUUUUAUAAUACGAAUGACUUAACGCGUUGUUUUCUUGCGUUGUUGAUAUUGUGAGAAGCACAUGGUCAAAAUCGUUCAAAACACGCAAAUUCAAUUGUAUAUAUAACAAUUCUUGGUAAGCGUUUCGAGAUCAAUAGCUUCAAAAAAAAAAACAUAUUUCGAUAUUCUUGUCAAAUUUUAACGAAUUAAAAAGAGUGGUAAACGAUACAGCCCAUCAAAUGCGAGCCAUAAGCUGGUACUGCAUGCGACAUUAUGUGCACCAUGGCGGCUGCUAAGUCUUAAAAAGUAUACAUUUAUCAUUUACCCGUGAUCUUAAAGGUCCUAUGCAGCGUCMGUUCACAGUAUAAUAUAAAAUCAUAAUGAAAUUUUUUUUGAGAUAUAGAAUCGAAUUCGAAAAUUUGAAAAGAAUCGGUUCACGGAAAGUAAUUUUAAUCCKCCAUUAAAAACCGCUUGUUGAGUGAAAAUUUCGAGACAGUUUUCGCGCGGCCAGACUGAGACUUGUGACGUCAUUGGUUGUGUUGUCAGAUUCAAAAUGGCGUCAAGUCAUACAAAGCAAGCRCGAAUAUGUGGUAAAUUUUGUGUCGCUGGAGGUCCAGGAAAUGUUAGCUGUACCAAUAAUAGUUUGUCUCCUGGUAUCUCUAUGYACACAUUCCCAAAGGACGAAAUUAUCCGCCGAAAAUGGACAAAAUUUGUGCAAAAGCACAGACCGGCUUUUAGGCCUUCGAAAACCUCKGUGAUAUGUUCAGUCCAUUUUUCUCAAUCUUGCUUCUCAAGAAGACUUGACCUUUUGGACUCAGCAAUGGAUGUCAAGGAUAUUUCUUCAUCUAGAAGAUUAGAGAAGGGAUCAGUUCCUACAAUUGAUACUGCCAUAACCCAAGCUUCAAAAAAGGAGCUAUCUAGUCGCGAUAAGAGAAAGAUAAUUAAAAAAGCCAUUGAUGAUCAAAGACCUAAUAGUGAACCUUCUAUCUUGUGUGAAACUGAAGAACAUGAUGAGCAGGAUAAUCAUAAUCAACCACUUGAURUUUCUCCUGGCGAAAGCACUAUAAAACCUAAUUGUGAAAGUUGUCAAAGGAAGUCAGAUACCAUAAGAAAACUUCAGAAAACUAACAGCUAUUUGAGAGGAAGAGUUCGUCAACUGAGCGACCAUUACGAAUCCCUGGAUGAAACAGAAGAUUCAGAUAAGAUACCAGAUAUCGAUAACAAACGACAAGAACAUGUAUAUACAGACUCUACAGUUUCAACAGAGACAGAGUCAGACAACGAUACAAAUAUUGAUCCUGAUUGGCAAGCUAAUGAAUUCGAGGAUGCAAAUGAUAACAUACCAGAAGUUGAAAGUAACAUAAGUGURAAGCCUGGUAUACCAUCUUAUCAGGAACCAGCCUUCAUUGUCUUCUAUUCUAAGCUGCUAUUGAUCUUCUCACUGUUUUGCUUUAACUGCAAAACUGAAAGUCCUAAACCAGUCGUCAAAAAGAAUGGAACAAUGGUGAAARUAAUCCAAACAUGCAGUCACUGUUCUGGAUACACAUGGCAAAGUCAACCACUUGUCCUUGGAAAAURCCCAGCUGGUAAUGUGCUGUUAAGCUUUGCAUCACUUAUGGCAGGAGCAUCAAUAAGCAAGAUUCUUCUUUUUUGUCGCCAUAUGGGACUUUGUGCAAUUUCAAUUCGCACCUACUUCGUCCAUCAAAAGAAUCUCAUCUUCCCCUCGAUACUACACUACUGGGARGUAUACCGUUCUAGACUUCUUAGCAGCCUGAAGCCAAGUGAUACUGUAUGGGGUGGUGACGGCAGAUUUGAUUCUAUGGGUCACAGCGCUAAGUAYGGAGCUUACACAAUGUUCUCACCAUCCCUCAUGAAAGUAGUGCAUUUUGAAUUAUUGCAGGCUAAUGAAGCUGGGAGCAGUCAGGCCAUGGAGCUUGAGGGGGCUAAACGAUGUUUUGAUUUUUUGCUUGCUGCUGGUGUGAAGAUCUUAGUAUUCAUCUCAGACAGACACCGUGGUAUUGCAAAAUGGUUAAGAGAGAAACAUCCGAGUACUAAUCACUUUUAUGAUAUCUGGCAUGUUUGCAAGUCCAUAACAAAGAAACUACUUAAAGCAAGCAAAGAAAAAGGCUGUGGUCUUAUCAAAGAGUGGAUGAAGGCUAUUMGGCGUCACCUGUAUUGGUGUGCAACUAGUACUAAACAAGGCUUUCACGCCAUGAUUCUUGCCAAAUGGAAGUCAUUCAUGGAGCAUGUGUCGAACAAGCAUGAUCAUCAUCCUGACAAACUAUUUCCCAAAUGUGCACAUGAAAACAACCUGCCACGAAGAAAAUKGAUCAAGAUUGGAACAAAAACCUAUGAAAAGUUGAACUCUAUUCUGAUGAACAAAAGAAUUCUAUCUGAUAUCAAACAGCUUUCCUCAGAAGCACAGACAAGCUGCUUAGAAUGCUUUCACGCAACAUUGAAUCACUGGCACCCAAAGAUGCUAUGCUUUUCAUGGUUGGGCACAUACUGCAGGUAUAUAAAUGAUAGAGUAGUAAGCACCAUAAGUAUUGUCCCCAUGUUUAGUAUAUAUGCUUUCUUACUUGAAAUUCUAUUGCAAUGUGAACAAAUUUCAUUGAACAUUGACUUAUAAUAAUAGAUGUUUUGCACAAGU